UCGGUAACAAUUGUGUACAAGCCACCUAGCUAAUAAAAAUACUGGGGCUUGCGGUCAUUAGUUACAUUUCAACCACAGCGAUUCCCCAAAUGAGGCGCAACAGAGUUCAACAGCGAAUCCAGGAACACCGGAAAUAAUAACUAAACCAACGAGAAAUGGUGGAGUCUACCAUAACGAAGAGAGACAUUUUUUCCGAAUAAACGUGCUGAGUGAAAAACGUAAUUACAAAGCUCACUCCCUACCAGUGACAGUACGUUGACUAACUGUUCAAGACCCUUCACUUCACUUCACUCUACUGCAGGGUGGGAGAUGCAACAAUGGCCUUGAGAACAGCAGGAAGUGUGUUGGUGGUCUUUCUCUGGUCUGUAACAGUGGUACUGGGUCAGGAUGGCUGGAGUGUGACGUACACCACUCAGAGUAUCUGUGCCUUGAAAGGGUCAACAGUGGAGAUGUCCUGCUCUUACACAUAUCCCAGAGGUCAUACAAUCACAACAACCUUCUGGUUCACUAAAAUGUAUGCUGGGGAGAAUUAUGUAAGUCUGAGUGAUGACCCAGACUACAAAGGACGUGUGACAUACCGUAAGGAUAAAGAGAAUGGUCACACCCUGUCAAUCACAGACCUGAGAGAGAGUGACUCAGCUACGUACAUGUUCAGAUUUACAGAUCAGACUGGAGGAUGGAGAUAUACUGGCAAUCCUGGAGUCACUCUGUCUGUCACAGGUCUUCAGGUGAAGUGGAUUGUUGGAUUUUGGUAUAAUACACUGACCUGUAUCACCACGUGUACUCUGACUGACAACCCCACCUACAUCUGGUAUAGGAACGGACACAAAGUAAAGGAUGCCACUUCUAGCUCGUACCCAGACUCCUUUAGUGAUGCAGACAGUUACUCCUGUGCUGUAAAAGGCCAUGAGGAUUUCUACUCUCCUGCACUGUGUCAGAAUUGUUGGAGUGUGACUUACACCCAUCAGAGUAUCUGUGCCUUGAAGGGGUCAACAGUGGACAUAUCCUGCUCUUACACAUAUCCCAGUUAUCAUGAAAUCAAAAAAGCUUUCUGGUUUACUAAAUGGUCUGAUAUGGAUGCUGAAGAUCUGAGCUCAGUACCAGGGUAUGAGAGUCAUAUAGAGUACCUUGGGGAUAAGGAGAAUGACUGUACCCUGAGAAUCACAGACCUGAGAUUGAGUGACUCUGCUGGGUACAGGUUCAGAUUGAUAACAUCCGGAGACAAGUUUGCUGGCUCACCUGUCUCCCUGACUGUCAUAGAUCUUCAGGUAAAGAUUACAACUUCACUGCUUUCAAGAUGGGUGACCCUGAACUGUGGCACGUGUACUCUGACUGACAACCCCACCUACAUCUGGUAUAGGAACGGACACAAAGUAAAGGAGGACCCUUCCAGACUGUACUCAGCCUACAUUAGUGAUACAGACAGUUACUCCUGUGCUGUAAAAGGCCAUGAGAAUCUCCACUCUCCUGCAUUGUGUGUCCGUGGUCAGGACUGUUGGAGUGUGACUUACCCCCAUCAGGGAGUCUGUGCCUUGAAAGGGUCAUCAGUGGACAUAUCCUGUACUUAUGGCAGUGGUUAUGAUACUGUCACAUCAUCACUCUGGUUUAGUCCUAAACAUAGUGACAGCUGGAGUGAUAAGUCGAUACCUGAGGACCUAACCACAGACCAUGGGUAUGCAGGUCGUGUGGAGUAUGCUGGAGAGAAGGAGAGAGGUCACUCCACCCUGAGACUCACAGAUCUGAGAGAGGAGGACUCUGCUGAGUACAGGUUCAUAUUCACCACACAGACCUCAAGAUGGGGGUACAGCUUCCCUGGAACAACUCUGACUGUCACAGGUCUUCAGGUGCGGUUUAAGGAUCCAACCAACAUCAUAGAGGGAAAGUGUCUUCAUCUGUUCUGUGAGUCCAUAUGCUUUCUGCAGGACAACCCCUCUUACAUCUGGUACAAGAACGGACAACGUCUGAUCAGACAUGAGACCAAGUACCUGAUCCUAGACCCAGUCAGCAGUGAGGAUGCAGGCAGAUACUCCUGUGCUGUAGAAAACCAUGAGGAUCACCCCUCUCCUGAAGAGACUCUCACUGUCACAUAUAAACCAAGGAGCACCUCAGUGUCAGUCUGUCCCUCUGGUGGAAUAGUGGAGGGCAGUUCAGUGACUCUGACCUGCAGCAGUGAUGCCAACCCACCUGUGGACAAGUACACCUUGUACAAGAAAAUGUCAAUAAAACAUUCUGGACAGAUAUACACCAUCCAUAAUAUCAGCUCUGAGGACAGAGGAGAAUAUUACUGUGAGGCUAAGAAUGAAGUUGGAGCUGAAAUAUCAAAGCGUGUUACUGUAAAUGUUUUGUAUCAACCAAAGACCACCUCAGUGUCAGUCAGUCCCUCUGGUGAAAUAGUGGAGGGCAGUUCAGUGACUCUGACCUGCAACAGUGAUGCCAACCCACCUGUGGACAAAUACACCUGGUACAAGAAGAACGUAACCUCACCAAAAGCAUCAGGACAGAGUUAGAGCAUCACUAACAUCAGCUCUGAGGACAGAGGAGAAUACUACUGUGAGGCUGAGAAUAAAUAUGGACGUCUCAACUCUUCUUCUGUGUUUGUGGACGUUUAGUGUAAAUACACCUAAUCUUCUUGUAUUCAUUGAUAAUCACACAGGUCAACAACAAUAAAUAAUCAUUAGUAACCUUACACACUUAUCAUGCCAUAUGUUAUAGAAUUAGUAACCUUACACACUUAUCAUACCAUAUGUUAAAGAAUUAGUAAUCUUACACACUUAUCAUACCAUAUGUUAUAGAAUUAGUAAUGUUACACACUUAUCAUACCAUAUGUUAUAUAAUUAGUAAUGUUACACACUUAUCAUACCAUAUGUUAAAGAAUUAGUAAUCUUACACACUUAUCAUACCAUAUGUUAAAGAAUUAGUAAUCUUACACACUUAUCAUACCAUAUGUUAUAUAAUUUGUAAUGUUACACACUUAUCAUACCAUAUGUUAAAGAAUUAGUAAUCUUACACACUUAUCAUACCAUAUGUUAUAUAAUUAGUAACCUUACACACUUAUCAUACCAUAUGUUAAAGAAUUAGUAAUCUUACACACUUAUCAUACCACAUGUUAUAUAAUUAGUAAUGUUACACACUUAUCAUACCAUAUGUUAAAGAAUUAAAUAAAUAUUGAUUCAUUUU